CACUGAUGUAUUCUGAAAGCGUGAAUGGCCGACAAUUGUCAGAAAACAAGUGCUCAUUGAAUUUAGCGUCGUUUUCACACUGACACAGUGUGUUAUUUUUAUCCACGUCGAUUCCUUUGAAAACCGUCAAACUGUGGCCACAACAGCAGACUAUGGGCUCCAAAAAACACAAAAAACAUAAAAGAGAACGGCACGAAGGAUUAUUGACUACGUUUUCACCACGGACAAACUGAGAGUGAGGUUGGAGUAGAAGUUAAAGGGUGACAUUGGAAAAAUAUAGAAGGUUGCCAUAAAGCAAGAAGUACGACCGUGGAAACCUCCUAACGCCGGACAAACCGCCAACCCUAAAACUUAUUCUAAAAGUUGGUGGUAGCAGCGGUACACCGGAGUACGGUAACGAGUCACCAAGUCAAUCAGCUAUGCUGUCCCAACAGUAUCAGCAGUUGGGUAUGAAUUACUCAGUAACUCAGAAUGAGACUGAAUACGAUAGAUAUUUAGCGGGUCACAAGAAAUUGAAGAAGAAAAAGAAGAAGAAGGACAAGCGUCACAAGCAUCACCACAAGGACAAGAAGAGACGAAGGGAGGAGUCGUCUCAAGAGUCAGUUGGUGAUGCGGAUGAGAGUCUUCUCGAGCUACCAGCUAAAGUUGCCCAUUUGGCGCCACCAAAAUUGACACCGAGCAGUUCCCUCUCACCCCACAGAGAGCCGAGAACAUGCGUUUUGAAAAAAAUCGCUGAGAAAACACCACUUCAGAGGCUUCUGGAGCAUCUUCUUCGAUCGAUGGAGAAGAGGGAUCCUCAGCAGUUCUUUGCUUGGCCAGUCACUGAUAAUUUCGCUCCAGGAUACUCCCAGAUUAUCACCAAUCCGAUGGACUUCAGCACGAUCAACAAGAAGAUCGAGGACAACAGCUACACGAAUCUGAAUGAAUUCGUCGAUGACUUCAGGCUUAUGUGUGACAAUGCGAUGGUGUACAAUCAUCCAGAGACAAUCUACUACAAAGCAGCCAAGAAGUUGCUGCAUGUGGGAUUGAAGAUGGUGACCCCAGAGAAGCUGAGGCAAUUGAGACCGGUGUUGACAUACAUGCAUGAUAUCGCCCGUGAAGAACUGGGCUUUGAGCUUGGAGUUGAAGAUCCAAACAAUCCAGAUGUUCUAGUGACUGAGGAGCAGAUUGAGAAGGAGAGAGAACAGGAGGAGAGGAUCGAAGAGGCUGAGGAGCUCAGAAAAGAGCACCAGAGAAAAAUGAGACUGGCUAGUCUGGGAAAAUUCGAGGCCAUUCCCGAUGAUCUCACACCCGACGAAAUUCUCAAACAAGCAAGAGGCGCUGCUAAAGCAGCCUCGGACAAACUCUCGGUGAAGAGGAUCAACUCGAAGAUGGGCUUCUUGAGGCAGAAGAAGGACGGCACAACAAGCCUCCAGAUAAUUGUUCAUGGAGAUGGUAUCAUCCCUGGGACUAAUCAGCGGCCGGUGUCUUUGGGUCAAUUGAUAGGAAAAUUAAAUCACGGUACAGGAUCACUUGCUGGAUUUAGGGAGGACAGGAGGAACAUGUCUAAGCCUGUUAAGCCACUCUAUUAUGGGGCAUUUGGGUCUUAUGCCCCAAGCUAUGAUUCAACUUUUGCUAGUCUCACGAAGGAGGAGACGGAACUCGUUUAUUCCACCUAUGGGGAUGAGACUGCUGUGCAGUAUGCCGAGUCAAUUCUUGAUUUUGCAAAGGAUUGUGAUUACACGUUGACGAUGGUUGAUGAUUUGUUGGAUAUUCUCACCAGUGGUGAUCAUAGGAAGACGAAGAAGCUUCUGGAGGAGAAGAGAAGACUGAAAGAGGAGGAGGAGAAGAUCAAGCAUCUCCUCGAGAAACCGAUUCAAGAGGUCAGGAAUACGCAAGUGGAGAAGGUCAAGGUUGACGUCGACCAGUUGAAAACACUCUCGGAGUUGGGGAUUGACGUCAAUUUUUUGGACGAAUAUGAGGAAGAAUUGAAAUCAACAGAAGAGCGAACAGCUCUUCAGUCACGCUUGGACGACACGUCCCAGAUGUUGAAUCGUCUGAGACAGGCGCAACAUGAUCGUCUGUCAGCACCACCUCCAGCCCAUUUGUCAAAUGUUCCAAAGGCCCCGGAGAGUGAGGCAACACUCGCUGAGAAGAUCACCGAUAAUUUGACAACAAUUGCCAAGAAGCUACCACCAUCAGCGAUAGCACCAGUGGAUGGACUGAGGCGAGCCAUGGGAAUAGCUCCAGUUGGUGGUCCAGAGCCCAUGGAAGUAGAGCCAAUUACUCACAACCCAACAAUUGUUGCUGAAAGCAGUCUUCUACCACAAACCAACAGCAAUCAAGUCGCCAGCAUGAUACAGACAUCGUCAAUGCAAACCACCAUCAUGAGUCCUCGUAGUCAAACAAAUCCAAUAAUUGGCAUUGUCAGUCAAUCGCAAACACCGAUGCAAAUACAAAUUGGCUUAUCGCACAGUCAAACUGCUUUAUUGGGGUCUAAUGAGCCCAGUGGUGUUCCAGAUCUCGAGUCAGAACUCAGGGAAUUUUUGGAGAGUGAUCCAACACUUGGGCAUUCACCUCUGCACGAUGACAAAACUCUUGAGGACAUACUGUCUGAGUCUUAACACUUGUUACUUUUGAGUUAUGGUAAUAAAGGGGAAUGUGAGGGGAAACUUUUGAAUUUCGCUUGGAAAGUUACUCUUCGUAUUCUCUUGCGAGUUGUAAAUUUAUAAUUGAUGUACAAGUUGAUGAGAAAGAGGAACUGCUUCGUCAUGGGGCUGCCUGUUAAUAUUAUAUCACUGUAGAGUAAGAUUUUUUCUUUUACGAUUUGCUUCUUCGGUUGUUUAUACCUGACAUGAGUUGUAAUGCAGUGGGAGAUGGAUCAGAAUAAAAAACCUUUUUUUUUUCAACA